UUGUUUAUAUUCCAGGAUAGUAAAGUGAUGAAGUACGAUUGGUGUAUCAGUCGCAUGGGUGGAUCUCAUAAGAGUUUUAAAGGUAUUUGUGUUGAAAGGGAAUAAAGAAAGUAAUAAAAAUAGGGUCAUUGAAAGCAGUACAACAGAAUUUAAAAAUAACAUUCACUCAUGAGCGUUUGACAACUUAAGAUGAGGUGGUUCGUAUUGAUAUGGGCCUUUUUAAAUGUCUGGGCAAUAAAUGCUUUCAAUUUGGAAGCACGAAUACCUGUUAUUAAAAGAGGAUUAAAUGGUUCCUACUUCGGUUAUUCGGUAGCUGAACAUCAAGAACUUCCUGAGGAUGGGACUGAAAAAGCUAAAAGUUGGAUGUUAAUUGGCGCUCCAUUAGAUCAAAAUAAACAACCUGAAACAAAUAGAUCAGGUGCAUUAUGGCAGUGUCCAUUAACCACAUAUACAAGGGAUUGCAUUCAAGUUAUCACAGAUGGACGAUCAAGUUUCGAUUCUGAUGAUUUAGUUCCUCCUGGUAAGGAUGAAAUAAAAGAUAACCAAUGGUUAGGAGUCACAGUUCGUAGUCAGGGUGUAGGUGGCAAAGUAAUGGUAUGUGCUCAUCGACACAUAGUUAAAACUGCGGACUCUCGAUGGGGACAGGGUCAGUGCUAUAUAUUGACUCAGGAUUUAAAGUAUCAAGAUUUAAAAAAACCUUGCUCAGGAAAACCCACUAAUAAAGCACAUGAACAAUUUGGAUAUUGUCAAGCUGGUACAAGUGGAGUAUUAACAUCUGAGGAUCGUGUGGUCAUUGGUACACCUGGACCACAUACAUGGAAGGGAACAUUGUAUCUUUUUACUGUAUCUGAUGAAUUUUUAAAUAGGGACAAUACUGUUUACAAUGUUCCAAUGCAAGAUUCCUCACCUGUUAACAAAUAUAGUUACUUAGGUAUGUCAGUAGCUGUGGGUAACUUCUUUGGAAAUGGUUUAUCAUAUGCAGCUGGAGCUCCGCGUUCAAAAGGAACAGGACAAGUUGUCAUUCUCACAAGAAAAGAUAUUAAACCUGAUAUGGAUGUUGCUUUAAUCUUAAGCGGUGAACAAUUUGCUUCAAGUUUUGGGUAUGAAAUUACUUCUGCAGAUGUCAAUGGAGACAAAAUUACAGAUUUAAUUGUAGCAGCACCAUUUUAUUUUAAUAAAGCAGAAGGUGGAGCUGUUUAUAUUUAUACAAUGCUAUGUAAAAAUAUUAAAGAUAAUGACAAAUGUAAGCCCGUUAAAUUAGUCGGACGCGAAGAAUCAAGAUUUGGAUUUGCGUUAACUAAUUUGGGAGACUUGAACAAAGAUGGAUAUGAAGAUAUUGCUAUUGGUGCUCCUUAUGAAGGGAAAGGAACUGUCUACAUAUAUCUUGGAUCUAAAAAUGGAAUUAUCACGACGCCAUCACAAAUCAUUCAUUCAGAAGAUACUCCAGUACCAUUACGUACCUUCGGAUAUUCAUUAAGUGGGGGAAUUGAUAUGGAUCAAAAUGGUUACCCUGAUUUAUUGGUUGGUGCUUAUGAAGACGAUGCUGCUGUACUUCUUCGCUCAAAAAAGAUCAUUGAUAUUACUACAUAUAUUAGCUAUCUUAAAAAAGAUGGAACAUAUCAAGACAAGAUAGAUCCUAUAGAUCCUAAUAAAUUAGGAUGCACAGCACGUCCUGAUGCAAAUCAUACAUGCUUUUCGUUUGAAGCAUGUUGUAAAACAGAAUCUUUGGUUAAAGAAGAAGACAUGCAAAAUUUACGAUUAAAUUAUUAUAUAGAAGCUGAAACUUAUUCCGGUGUAAAAAAGUUUUCUAGAGUUUGGUUUGGUAUUGGUAACACACGUCCUCAUUAUGUUAAUCGUACAGUUACUCUAGAUACAACAAAAUUGAUACAUUGUCAAACGGAAAUCGUAUACUUAAAGGAAAACACACGUGACAUACAGUCACCCAUUAAAUUUCGUUUAAAUUAUUCGUUGAUACAAGAAGAACCAAUGAUGCGUAACGAAGGAGAUCCCUUGCCUGAUAUAAAAAAUUAUCCUAUUCUUAAUCAACAAGAAGCAGCUCGCAUAUUUGAAGCAACAUUUCAAAAAGAUUGCGGAGAGAAUGAUAUUUGUGAAAGUGACUUACAAGUAUAUGCUCAUUUAAAUUUAUCAGUGUCAUCUGUUAAACCUAAUUUUUACGAAUUACUUCUUGGUGAAAGAGAAGAAGUAGUGGUUGAAGUUAAUGUAACUAACGUUGGUGAAUCUGCCUAUGAAGCACAACUUUUUAUAACUCAUUCACAGAAUUUAAAUUAUAUUGCAAGUAAAAGCAAUGAUUCUGUAAUCUGCAAUUUAUACAAUGCAACAUUAGUAGCAUGUUCAAUUGGCAAUCCAUUUAAGAAAGACAAAAUGGUAAACAUACAGGUGAGAUUUGACCCUAAAGGUUUAGAGGAUAAUGAAUCAUUAUUAGAUUUUGUGAUUUUUGCUAAUUCAACAUCUAAAGAAGUGACUGAGAAGAAACCUACUCUUUUACAAGCUACAGUGCUAAAAAGAGCUGAAUUAUCAAUAAAGGGAAGUGCAAAAACUCAAUGGGCAUUUUAUGGUGGACCAGUUAUUGGUGAAUCAGCUAUAAAACACUUAAGUGAAAUAGGACCUAAAGUUUCACAUACUUAUGAAGUAUUUAAUGAAGGACCAUGGAAAGUAAGUAGUGUAGAAGUACGAAUUUCGUGGCCAUAUGAAGUUGCAAAUGACAAAUCUCAUGGUAAAUGGCUAUUGUACUUAGAAGAAUUACCAACUGUACAAGCCCUAGGUGAAGGAGAAUGUACACUUCCACCGGGUCAUUCAGUUAAUCCAUUAAAAUUACAAGAUUCCGUUAAUUUUGAAGACUUGGAUACAAUUUUUCCAACACCAUCUACAUCAACACCUAUUUUAUAUAAUCAUACUAAUCAUAUAAGAAUAAAACGAGAUACAGAAAAAGUUGUUAAUACACGAACAAUUAUUGAUAAAGAUGGCCAUAAACAUUAUAUAGUUUCUAUGAAUUGUAAAGCAGGAACUGCAAAAUGUUUUGAUAUAACGUGUAUCAUAUAUAAUUUGCAACGGAAGCAAGAAGCAAUUAUAACUGUCAAAGCAAGACUUUGGAAUUCAACAUUAGUAGAAGAUUAUCCAAAAGUAGAUAUGGUAAAGAUAGGUUCGAAUGCAAGAAUAAUUAUACCCCCUAAUGUCGUGAUACAACAAGAAAAUUUAAAAGACGAUCAUGCAAUUGCUGAAACAAUUGCAUAUCCAGAUCCUCUGGAUCAACAGGAUGUAGAACCUGUUCCUAUUUGGAUAAUCAUAGUAGCAGUAGUUGCAGGUCUACUACUAUUCAUUUUACUUACACUAGUACUUCGAAAGUUAGGAUUCUUUAAACGAAGACGACCGGAUCCUACUUUAUCUGGUAAUCUCGAAAAGCACAGAGAAGAAAAUCCAGAAAAUGAAGCUUUAUUUAAACACUAAAAAAAAAAAAAGAAAAAA